UAUAUUGCGGAUUUCCCUCAAUUGCAUUGCGCUCUUUUUGCGGAAUUCUCUUGGUUUUUUUGUUGUUGCGGGAUUUCCUUUUUAUUUUGCAGUUAAUCCCUUUUGAGGAAUUCCUUGUUUUUAUUUUAAAUAGCGCAUUUUUGCAGAAUUCAGUUUUUAUUGCGACUGUUUUGCGGGAUUUUCUGCUUUUGCGUUGCUUUCCUUUGUUUUGUUUUUUUGCGGAAUUCUCGGUUCUUUUACUGCCCCCCUGAUUUGUUUUAAUUGCAUUGCUCCCGCGUUUUGUUGCUGAAUUCUCUUGUUUAUUGCGAACCCUUUUUGCGGAACUCUCUGUGUUUUUGCAUUGCGCGUUUUUUUGCGGAUUUCCCCGAUUUGCAUUGCACCCUUUGUGUGAAUUUUCCCUGGUUUGCGGGGUCUUCUUUGCGGAGAAAAAUUCCCAGUUUUUUCUGUUUGUUUUGCGCUCCUUUUUGCGGCUCCCCGCUUGCGUCUCGAUGCUCGCUGCCCGGGAGCUGUCCAGCACGAUGCUGGUGCUGAAUAUGAUUCUGAGCGGGAUCUUCGGAAGCAGCUCCGGGACUCGCGUCCUUAGCGGCCAGACCAUCUGCUACGGGGGCUCGGACCGUCCCUGCUACAAGAUCGCCUACUUCCAGGACCUCAGUAGACGCAUUGGUUUCGUGGAGGCAAGCCAGGCGUGCGAGAUGGACCGCGGGGCGCUGCUCAGCAUCAGGUCGCUGGAGGAGCAGAAACUGAUCGAGACCCUCCUGCAGGACCUGACCAGGUCCGGCACCGGCCUGUCCGACGGGGACUUCUGGAUUGGCCUGAGGCGCGGCGGGGAGGCACCGACUCACAACGCCGUCAGCGGCUGCCCGGACCGCUACAAGUGGACGGACGGAAGUCCGGCAACGUUCAGGAACUGGUACGUGGAUGAGCCGUCGUGCGGCAGUGAGGCGUGCGUGGUGAUGUACCACCAGCUGACCGCCCAGCCCGGUCUCGGGGGGCCGUACCUCUACCAGUGGAACGACGACAGGUGUAACAUGAAGCACAACUUCAUCUGCAAGUACGAGCCAGGAAACACUUUGACGAAUGAAUUGGUGGACAGCACAGAUUUAACAUUCGAAAACGUCUCCACGAGUCCGGAGGUCAAAGUCCACGCUCCCAGUAACUCGGGGGAUGGCCAACGAGUGGUGGUGACGGAGUCAUCAGGGAUAAUGCCCAAUGUGGUGUAUGUCGUCAUCCCUACCAUCCCCCUGCUCUUACUGCUGGUCGUUGCCAUGGCUACCUGCUGCAUCCAGAUGCUGAACCGAAGGUACAUCAGCAAAGACCGAUCGAAAACCAGCCCCAACGAGUCGACCCUGUGGAUAUCCCCGGCUCCAAAGAAGGAGAACCUGGCCGAUGUUUAGGAUGAUUCGGUCCGAGGCGAGGAGCGUCCAUCGUACCGUGAAGCCAAUCCCACACCAUCCGACAAGCCCCUGGGGAAAGCCAAGCCCAGCUUAGCCAUGAGGAGCAAGAAAUAAUCAAACCAGCCCUUCUAAAGAAGGACAAAAUAACAAAAACAAAAAAUCCCCCUCCUUCCUAUUAAUGUUUCAUAUUUUUGUUAAUGUUGGGAAUAGAUGCAGGAAAAGAUGGAAGAGUCCACGGAAGGAUGGGGGGGAAUUCAUAGAGUACUGAUAAGUCAUAGCUUUUGUAUACAUGUUAUAUAGACAGAGGGAAUGGGGAAAGCCCGGAUGGUCUUGGUGGGGCAUGGACCUCUUCAGGGGUUUGAAGGUGUGUUAUGGAAAUGGAAGAAGAUGGAACAAUAACAGAUGUAGGGCAAGGAAUGGCUUUAGCAAGAGCAACGACCCUUGACGUAAUUCCAAUGUCAAUCAUCUACUGAAAAUGCCUCCCAAUGUGCCAUAACAUGAAGGGCCUGUCCCACUCACGCAACUUUUUUGGCGACUGCCGGCACCCACCAUAGGUCGGCGAAAAUUUUUAACGUGUUGAAAAUUCGGCGGCGUCCGGAAAGACGCUACGACUCGUUGGGCGACUUGGAGACUACUCGCCACCGUACAGGCGACAUGUCGCGGGGUGAAGCCUGACCGGGUCGUGAGUAGUCGCCCAAAGAGCCGUACCUUGUUCUGGUCGCCGCUGGAUUUCCAACACGUUGAACGUUUUCGGCGACCUGUAACGACCCAUGACGGGUGUCGGCAGUCGCCGAAAAAGUUGCGCAAGUGGGACAGGCUCUUGAGAUACAAAGAUAUUAGAAGAAGUCAGACUACCUGGUAAUUUCCUCAUAUGAUUUAGGCAGAGCAGGCUAUUCGGCCCAUCAAGCCCUGAUCUGCCAUUCAAUGGGAUUAUGGCUGAUCUAUUUUUCUUACUUCAUCUAUUUAUCUUUUUCCCCAAUUGUUGGUUUGGUUUAGUUUAGCGAUACAGCACCGAAAUGGGCCCUGCAGCCCACCAAGUCUACGGGGUCCAGCGAUCAUCCCGUACACUCGAACUACCUUCCACACUAGGGACUAUUGACAUUUUUUUACCGGAGCCAAUUAGCCUACAAAGCUGUACGUCCUUGGAGUGUGGGAAGAAACCGGAGCACCCGGGGAAAACCAACAUAGAAACAUAGAACAUAGAAAUUAGGUGCAGGAGUAGGCCAUUCGGCCCUUCGAGCCUGCACCGCCAUUCAAUAUGAUCAUGGCUGAUCAUCCAACUCAGUAUCCCAUACCUGCCUUCUCUCCAUACCCCCUGAUCCCCUUAGCCACAAGGGCCACAUCUAACUCCCUCUUAAAUAUAGCAAAUGAACUGGCCUCAACUACCCUCUGUGGCAGAGAGUUCCAGAGAUUCACCACUCUUUGUGUGAAAAAAGUUCUUCUCAUCUCGGUUUUAAAGGAUUUCCCCCUUAUCCUUAAGCUGUGACCCCUUGUCCUGGACUUCCCUAACAUCGGGAACAAUCUUCCCACAUGGUCCACAUGGUCACAGGGAGAACGUGCAGACUCCGUACAGACAGCACCCAUAGUCAGGAUGGAACCCAGGUCUCUGGUGCUGUAAAGGGCCUGUCACACUGCGGCAAUCUAAUCCGCGAGUUCUGGCGAGUUUGCUCUCGACUCAUACUCGCAACAUGGUCGACACGAGGUCUUUGUAACUCUCCUUCAUGCUCGAGGUUAGUCCCCGCGUACUCGAGGCCUCGGCUAGGUCACGGCGAAUUUUUCAACAUGUUGAUAAAUGCCCACGAGUAAAAAAAGGUCGCCAUGAAAAAAAUCGAUACUUUUUUUUACUCGUAGGUUUAGUCGUAGUAGGUCGUAGUAGGUCGGCAUGUUAGUCGUAGGUAAUUGAGGGUAGUCGAAGGUAGUCGUAGAUAGUCUUCAACAUAGUCGAAAGAGGUCUUCAAUAUGUCAUUUUUUCAAACUCUUCUAAACUCGCCAAUUAGAUCGCCCAAGUGGGACAGCCCCUUUAGGCAGCAACUCUACCACUAUGCCACCACACCGGCUGCUCCUUCAUAUUUUUAGUAAUGAAAUUGAUUAGAGUGAGAUUUAAUAUUAAUAAUGACCAUGGUCAUGGAAGGAGAAUUUAAACCUCUUGUCUCACCUCUUUCUACAAGUGUAUCCGAACCUCACCUCUGAAAAGCCUGGCUUGUACUUUUAGAUGAUGCCUCUUCAUUCCAGACUCCCAAAGCUUUGCCCACCUCUACCCCCGACAGUUCGCCUUGACCAACCUGAAAACUUUAUUGCCGCAAGUUUAUUUUAUUGUCACGUGUAUCGAAAUGCAGUGAAAACUUGUCUGUGCACUAUCUAUGCGAAUCCUACCAUGCACGAUGUGUGCCAUCAGAACAUGCAUAAGUGCAGCAGGUAGCUCAACAGUGCAAGGAAGCAAAGUGCAGAGAAAAGUGUUACACUACAAAAGUGUCAGGGUGGUCACGGUGGCGCAGCGGUAGAGUUGCUGCCUUACCACGAACGCAGCGCCGGAGUCCCGGGUUCGAUCCCGACUGCGGGUGCCGUCUGUACGGAGUUUGUACAUUCUCCCCGUGACCUUGCGUGGGUUUUCUCCGGGAUCUUUGGUUUCCUCCCACACUCCCAAAGGCGUACAGGUUUGUUGGUUAAUCGGCUUGGUAAAUGUAAAUUAUCCCUAGUGGGUGUAGGAUAGUGUUAGUGUGCGGGGAUCGCAGGUCGGCGCGGACCCGGUGGGCCGAAGGGCCUGUUCCCGCGCUGUAUCUCUAAACUAAACAAAGUUGCAUGAAAAGUUUCAUAUAAAAACUGCAAGGGGCGCAAUGAGGUAGGUUGGAAGAUCAGGACUACAUCCUUGGCAUAUGAUAGACACAAAAAGCUGGAGAAACUCAGUGGGACAGGCAGUAUCUUUGGAUAAACGGAACAGGUGACGUUUCGGGACAAGAUACUUCUUCAGACCUUCAGACCAGGUCUUGACCCGAAACCUCACUAUUUCUCUUCUCCAGAGAUGCUGCCUGUCCCGCUGAGUUACUUCAGCUUUUUGUGUCAACCUUCGGUUUAAACCAGUUCCUUCCUGCGCUCAUUGGCAUAUGAACUGUUUAUUCAGUAGCCUGAUAAGGGUGGGUAAAAAGCUAUUGGUGAAUCUGGUGGUACAUGGCUUCAAGGGUAUGUAUCUUCUGACUGGCGUGAGACGAGAGGAGAGAGAAUGACCAGGGUGUGAGCGGUCCUGGGUUGUAUUGGCUGUUUUAAGGGCCUGUCCCACUUUCACGAGGUCAUUCACCAAUUCUCCCGAGUUUUCCCCUUGAUUCAAACUCGCAGAAUGUGCGUAACGAGUCCGCAGGAGUUGGCAGAUACAUCGUAGCGGCCCGUUACGGCAGCCGUAGGUACUCGUGGUGCCAGGAAAGUCGGGACGUUUUUUCCAGCCCGAUACAAAAUGUCCACGAGUAAAAAAAUGUUCGGGAUGAAAGAAAUGGCAACUUUUUACUCGUAAGGAGGGCAUCGAAAUAGUCGUGGGAAUUCGUAGACAUACUCAUAGGAUAAGAUAAGAAAAGAUAAUUUUAUUGAUCACAUACAUAACCAUAUAACCAUAUAACAAUUACAGCACGGAAACAGGCCAUCUCGGCCCUACAAGUCCGUGCCGAACAACUUUUUUUCCCCUUAGUCCCACCUGCCUGCACUCAUACCAUAACCCUCCAUUCCCUUCUCAUCCAUAUGCCUAUCCACUUUAUUUUUAAAUGAUACCAAUGAACCUGCCUCCACCACUUCCACUAGAAGCUCAUUCCACACC